CAAAAUGCCGCGAUCAUGAAAUAUCGAGACUCCUCGCCCGCGAUCGAAUUUAGUUGAAUGUGACGCGUUGCGAACCUAGUGGCACCAUUCGUUUUCGAAAAAACGCGAGGAAGGAAACGCGGAGAGGUCAAUUUAUUCGCGCGAUCGGUCAGCGAUCUCUCCUCGCGGUGCGAUUACGAUGAUGGACGUACCCAGGUGCGCGAACGAUCGAUGCGUAAACGUUUCGCCGGAGCUAUAGAUCGACACACAAAGAAGCGAGAAACCUUGGGCUCACACGGAAAGAGAGAAAGGUGGUUCUGGCAGAGUUUUUAAAAUGGCCAGGCAGCGCGGACCGCGCUCCGAGGCGAUGGAAUAUCGAGAUUCGGCAGUCAUGUAGAAGAAAGUCGAUGUCGGAUCAAAAGCUUUCGCGUUGAUCCUGCAACAGAUUUCCGCGAGAGAUUCGUCGCACAACGAACGAAUUCGGCUCGCUGACUUCUCAGUCUUGAACCGAGCGGAAGAAUGAGACUCUACUAAGUCAUCGAAAAGAUAUUAUCUGCGUGGCUCCGUAAGUUUUGCGAGUUAAGUAGGGACCAGAGAGGACGGAACGUCAUCUUGGAAGAAAAUGCCGUGAAUUUCGACCGAAGGGACCGUCACCGGUUGCACAAAUUUCCCGAAUUUUCGGUGAGAGACAAGUUUCGUGUGUUUGGUCUUGGAGUUUGAUUGAACUCGGGGGAUUUCGCAGCAGCUUGUCCGGAAAAUUGGCAGUGUGUUGGUUCGCCAAGAUUUUCGCAAUGCAUUGCAAUGGACCGCGCAAGAUUCUACCUAUGAGCGAUGCCUUUGAACGAAACGUUCGUCGAAAGUUGGGCCGUUAGUUCCGCUUCGUUGGAAUUCGCCUCGCCGAGGGCUGAUUCUUUCGCGCGAUUACGCGAGGCGGAACGACGUGCUUGAGGAUUCCGAAAGAGCACGAAACGCUCGCUCUCGCUCGCUCGCGCAUCUCGCGAUUCAUUUAUAAUAAUUGAAGCAAUCAUGCGUCGCACGAACGGUCGCGGUAGCAACGUCAAUGGCACGCGUCCAAACGUUACAUUAGGUUACGGAUUCCGCGCAAUACCGCGGCUAUCGUCCGUACAUGCACCAGUGUAUGGUACCUCGACGAUCGAGGGCUCGGCUCGUUCGUGAAUCGAUCAAAGGACCAUAUCGAGUCUCGAAGAAACGAUAAGAGAAAUCGAGAAAAAUAUCGAGGGGAGAACGAUUUAUAUAAAAAUCCAAGAUUCUACGGACAAUUAAAGUAAAUUGGAUCAUCGUGCGCAUACUUUUACGCGUGUAAUAAACGCCGCGUACAAAUACAAAUACAGUGAAUGUGAAAAGUGUCGGCUUAGUCGUAUCGCGCUUGUUCGUAACUCCUCCUCCCUCGUCGGGUUUUGUUAUAACGCGAGCCUGCUCAUUCUCAUUCCUCUCUCUCAAGCAGUGUGCAGAUUAUACAUAUACGUAUACACGCACGUCGUAUGUACGAGUGGUGGAGAUCGCGUGCCCGCGUGGUCUCGUGCCCUGACGCUUGUCGUUACACGUCCGAUCGCAAGUGUAACGAAACUUCCUGUAUACACGCGGUAUCGCACCCUGUCACGGUACAGUAAAGUUUACGUCGUUCUGUGUGGACCGACCUGCCGUUUAAACGGACUGGAUUCUAUCCUCGAGAAGCAGAAAGAGAGAGAGAGAGAGAGAGAGGGGAAGAAAGAGAGAGGAAGAUCUCGGCAGAGGUAGAUAUGUGCGGCGUGGGAUAUCCGUUUCGGAUCGGUCUCGACUAUCGGAAGUCGGUACGGAUUCGUCGGUACGGUGACACUCACAUUUAGGCAACCUGAAACGAUAACGAGAGUUGGAAGGGCGGGAGGGAGAGGUGUGCGGCUCGAGGGUGCGUGAACGGUUCUAAUCAACGUCGAUCGAGUUAGAUUAGGGUCCAAAGUGGUUCCGAAAGGGGCACCGAUAAAAGCUAUGGGCAUCAUGGAUGCGUGGAAGCGAGGUCGGAUAAUCUAUGCUUAUCUCAUAUGGGUCGUCUUCAAGGCUGCCACAGCGGGGGGACUUUACGAUACCAUGAAUUCGCUGGUGGAGGAUGUGGUCGUCGAGGCUGGGAAGAACGUCACGUUGGGCUGUCCGGGUGUAACGGAGGAUUCGCUGGUGUUGAUGCUCGAAUGGCGGGCGAACGGGAUGCGGUUGCUCGAGUAUAAGAGCAAGAGUACAACCGUCGUACGGCGAACGGAACAGAACAGAAUGUCCCUGUCGUUGAAAAAUUAUUCGUUGCAGCUGCAUCCCGUCACCGCCGCCGACACCGGCAUGUACGAGUGUCUCGUGAACAACCGGAAUGCGCCGGAAGCUGUGAUCAAGCUCAUCGUGCGAGAUGUGCCUGAUCCACCGGAACGACCGCUUGUCAUAAGUUACACGUCCAAAGCUGUGAAUAUAUCGUGGGCACCUGGUGUUAAUUCCCACAACACUCCAAUUUCGCAGUAUGUCAUCUACACCCGGAUCGACGAAAACGGUCCUUGGAACGCGACGAAGGAGAUCAUAACGCCUCACAACGAUACGUUCUACACCGUCGAGAACUUGAGGCCAUUCACGGUGUACAGCUUCCGAGUGGCGGCGAUAAAUGCUCUAGGACGCAGCAAACCCAGUCAAGCGUCCUACUAUAUGGUGACCCUUCGUGAAAUACCGGAAGGAAAGCCGACCAUCACGGCGGCCCAUAAUACCUCAGCGACGUCUAUUUAUCUGGCGUGGAAACCGCCGAAUCGUGAUACCAUACACGGCGAGUUCCUUGGAUAUCGCAUCGGAUACCGACGACGCGAGAAAGCGGAUGAAGAGAUGAAGAACAUCUACAUUCGCGAUCCUGCCGUCGACAAUCACAGUAUUCACAAUCUGGAUACCUUCACGCAAUAUUUAGUUUCGCUGCAAGUCUUCAAUCCCGAAGGUCAUGGACCGGCUUCGACCGUCACGGUGAUGACCGACGAAGGUGCUCCAACAAAGCCGGAGAAUCUCACCUCCCGGGAAAUCACGGGCAGCAGCAUUGAACUCUCGUGGUCGGAACCCGAGAAUGCCAACGGUAUCAUCGUCGGUUAUCGCGUUUACUAUAUGCAUUCCAAUUAUACGGAUGUUAAAAUGCAUAUACCCGAUAAAUCAGACUCGGACGACCCGAAUACCAAAUUUAUCCUGAAAGAUUUGAAUCCAAAUACCAACUAUAAGAUAUGGGUGAAAGCUUACACGCGGAAAAAUGAAGGCGAGCCUUCCGAUCAGAUUAUUCUCAGAACCGAUAUAACAGGACCAAGCGCACCUUUAAUUUUGAAUCUGACUUGCCAGUCUCACCAGUCCCUCUAUAUUCAAUGGGCCAGACCGGUUACUUUUUCGGGCUCGAUCGACUAUUACUACAUCAAUUAUCGACCAGAAAAUGGAAGAUAUUACGAGGAAGUUGAAUUAGCCACCCAGAAGAGUCAUCUCGAAAGCGGGGCGAUCAUACCUAAUCUGACAGUGAACACCGUUUACGAAAUCGUGGUACGAGGAGCCACUAAAAGCACAAUAAACAGCCGCAUCAUUCAAGGCGAGAGUUCUACACCGGCAAAGGUAUUGGUCACUCGUGAUUGCGACAAGAUACCGCCCUUGAUGCGUCGUAGCAGUAAAGAUCUCAGCCCCGGAGUGAUCGCUGGGAUGGUAUGCGCCUGUUUUGCCGUGAUGUUGGCAAUUACGUCCUUCGUGCUAUGGAAACCGAUCUUUAGGAAAUGCUUCCACACUGCCUACUAUUACCUGGAUUAUCCGCCGCGGAAUGUUCCCACUCUUCAGGAGUGGGAAAACAGCGAGCAAGACGGCGAGAGGACCGCCGUGGCCGUCCAGCAAUUUGUUCAACAUGUCGCGAGUCUUCACGCCGACGGGGACAUUGGUUUCAGUAAAGAAUACGAGCUCAUACAAUCCGAAACUGGGGACUACACCGUGGAGAAUUCCCAAUUCGCUGAGAAUAAGGCCAAGAACAGAUACUUGAAUAUACUCGCGUACGACCAUACUCGUGUGCAAUUACUCUCCUGCGGCGGUGGGCCUCCUAAAAAGGGUCAAGAUUACGUUAACGCGAAUUACAUCGAUGGAUGGCAAAAAGCGCGAGCAUAUAUCGGUACCCAGGGUCCACUCCCGCCUACGUUCGAUGGCUUUUGGCGGAUGGUUUGGGAGCAACGCGUAUCAAUAGUCGUAAUGAUUACCAAUCUGGUCGAACGCGGUCGUAGGAAAUGUGAUAUGUAUUGGCCCAAGGAAGGGACCGAAACAUAUGGUUAUAUUCAAGUGACUUUAGUAAAGGAGGACAUUAUGGCGACAUAUACCAUCCGUACUCUUCAAAUUCGACAUUUGAAGCAGAUUAAAAAGAAGAAAAAUGGGACCAAUAUGGGUGAACGUACUAUAUGGCAGUAUCAUUAUACUAGCUGGCCUGAUCACGGCGUGCCCGAUCAUCCAUUACCGGUUUUGAGUUUUAUUCGUAAAUCGUCUAAUGCUAAUCCGCCCGAAGCUGGACCUAUCGUAGUCCAUUGCAGUGCCGGCGUUGGACGUACUGGAACAUACAUCGUAAUUGACGCUAUGCUGAAGCAAGCUAAAGCUAAGGACGAAAUCAACGUAUACGGUUUUCUCAAGCAUAUCCGUACACAAAGAAACUUUCUGGUCCAGACGGAAGAGCAAUACAUUUUUAUUCACGAUGCCCUGCAGGAGGCGAUAGAAAGCGGCGAGACUAAUAUCAACUCCAACAACUUAAUGAAGCAUAUUCAAGAUAUGCUGUGCCCAUCGAAUAACAAGACUGACGCAUGGAAUAACAUAGAAGCUCAAUAUAAGCUGGUAACGUCAUGGAAACCUAAGGAUUUCAAUCUUGUGUCCGCUACCAAAGCCUGCAAUAUUCACAAAAAUCGUAAUAUGGACAUCAUUCCCAUCGAAAAUGCGCGUGUUCAUUUAACGCCAAAACCUGGUGUCGAUGGAAGCGACUACAUAAAUGCCACAUGGGUUUCAGGUUUUCAACGCAAUCGCGAGUUUAUUAUAACACAACAUCCAAUGGAGGACACCAUAAUGGAAUUCUGGCAAAUGAUGUGGGACCACAAUGCACAGACCAUUGUCAUGUUGACUCAAUGCGAUGAGGAAUAUCCAGAAUUUUGGCCCGUCGAAGGUAAGGAUCUCGAAUCCGAAACAUUCCGAGUACGACUUUGUGGAACGAAGGAGACCGUGAACGGGACUCUUCUAUUAGAAGUCGCGGUUCGAUCGCUGCAAGAUGAUUAUGAACUCAGCGCCAGGAUCGUUCAAGCACCAUCGAAUCAGAAUGGUCUAUGGCCGCAUAAUAACAAUCCAAAGACUUUUGUCAGCAUCAUCCAAGACUUUCAUCGAGAUUAUCAGAAUGGUCCUAUUGUUGUAAUGGACAGGUAUGGUGGGGUCGAGGCUGCGCUCUUUGUUCUAUUGACUACGUUAAAUAAACAGUUGGAAUUCGAACAAAGUGCCGAUAUUUACAUGUUUGCAAAGCUGCUUUAUAUGAAACGACCUGGCGUUUUCCGCUCACAGGAGGAUUAUGUAUUGCUGUAUCAAUGCUUGGAAUCCAUGUUAUCGACGAAAGGCCGUGCGGAUCCUGAUUUGUAUGCCAUGGCGAAUGGACACGUUGCCUCACUGAAUGACCCGAACGAGAUCAGGUCGGCCUCAUCGCUCCAACAUAUGCCGAUAGAUUAUCCAUCUAAGUCAUCCGUCAUUCGCGAAUACGCCACUGUAGAAGUCAGUUCCGAAUACCUAUCCGAUUACACCAUUCCCAUCCGCGUGGAUCACCCGAUUGAGUCAUCCAGCAGCCGUGGGAGCGAACCCUGCCUCUCCUCCCACGGCGGCAGCAAUGAUCAUGUAGUAUCACCAUCAGAGAAAAGCAUGGUGGUGUCACAGAGAAACAUUAGCUAUCAUAAUCAUCCACAAUCUGGCGUAUCCGUAAUGGUUGAUGCUAACGGUUAUAUCACAAAUGGCAGCAUGCGUGUACCCUCCGACAAUAUGGAGCCUAGUUGCAAGAUGAUGCCACAAUGAUGCCGGCCUAUCUUCGGUUGCAGCGCACCCUCGCGAAGGUCAGCCCCGCUGUAAUCGAAACUUCCUGAAAGGCUGGAAGUUUAAUCUUGACCUGACUGAUCUUUGCAUUGCGAAGGAGGUGAUAGUUCUCAUCCAAGGGAUAGCUGAAAGAUCUUCGAACGGAUUUCUUAGUGUAUAUAGAGCUAAACGUGAAUGUUAAACGUGAAAGAUUAUGAAUUUUGAUAAGAAAAGCCUAUUUCCGGCGUCGCGAGAGCGGACAGUGCCAAACAAAAAGACAAAAUUGCCGCCGAUGUAUGCCGAAUGGGUGACAUUUAUCUUAUCCGUCGCGUAAGUUUAUGCUGUUCAAUCGAUAUGUAUAUAUUAUAUAUAAUUAUAUAUAAUUAUUGACACACACAACACACACGCGUGCGCGCGCGUCUGCAUAGUCACAUGCGUAAAUAAAUAUGCAUAUACAUAAGUGCACACGUACAUGCUAUAUAUAAUAAGAUAUAUAUGUACGGGAUGUGUGUAUAUGUGUAUGUGUGUCUAUGUGCAUAUGUCGAAUAUCCGACAGCUUCGAGUUGCCAAAGAAUCAUCACGAUAGCUUAAUUGUUAGAAUGAUACUACCGUGGAUGAGUGUGUACAUGUACAUGUACAUAUAUAUAUACGUACACACGUGUAUCUAAUUAUUCUAUGUGUAUAGUUUAUUAUAUUCACGAGAAUGCGUCGUCAAGAUGAAAUCUUUCGCAUAUACAGAAACACAAUCGUCGCGCAUAACUAAACUAAUUUAUAAGCAUCUGCCCUCUCUCUCGUCUUAUUGAUCCAUUCGAUUUGGUCCAGCCCCAAAUGUUGGCCGCGCGAUAUGCACAGCUUAUCGUACUGUUACUGCCAUUUAGGAAAGAUAAUCGACGAUUUGCCGAAAGCGUUAAUUGUUAAUUCGUAAAAUUAAGUUUGGUCGUGUAAUUUCUCACGUAAGAUCGCUCAAUGCAUACAAUACAUAUAUAUACAUAUAUAUAUAUAUGCGAAUCAAAUCAAAACUAUUACAUCGUAACUACAACGUAUCGAUUAACUCGCACCAUCCAAAUGAUAUUCAUAAAAGAAUUGAACGCACAACUUCAUAGAAGAUGGUUUUUAAUAAAAUAUCUAAUAUGCUAAGAGACCUUUCUAUGAAAAAUGGCGCGAAUUCUACAGAUGCCAUAAGUCUUUCAUGAAGAAAAUAGAAGCCGAUACUAUCACUGGCGAAAUUUCAAAACAUUGUCGACAAAAAACACAUUGAUUCACAUUGUAUAGCUUGUAUUUUUCUUUAAUUAAAAAUAUGAUAUAAUAACUUUCUUACGGUGAUGACAAUCGCAAUAUUUUAAUAAUUAUAUAUAUAAUUUGCCGUUAUUUAUGUAUUUUAUAUAGAAAAGAAUCGCGCGCGUGUGGAACAAACCCCAAGGUAAAAUGACGUUUUUAAAUGUGUGCACAGUAUUUGCAUUUUUUAUAUUAUACGUAUUGAUAUUAUUCUAUAUGAAAGCAUAAACAAUCACAGCUUAUUGAAAAAAAUUGAAAAAUCUAUCUUGUAAAUGUAUCGAUAUUUAAGUAAAUGACUGAUUAUGCAUUCUCGUAAAAUUCGUAAUGCUUAUUAAUGUCAUUCACACAAUGUUAAUUUGUAUAAACAAUGCCUGUACGAAAACUGACUCAUAUGUAUAUAGCGUGCACAUAUUUGUAAAAUAAUAUUCACUUUGUUUUAUUAAAUUUUUAAAUUUGUUUACUAAUAAUUAAUAAGCUAAGAGCUAAGUUAACGACAAGAUGAAAGAUUCAACACAGAGAAAUUGACAAGUCGUUUUUAUUAUUUUAUCGUAUUGUAUUAAUUUCUAGAAGUGUGUCUAUUGAUUAUUACAACAUAAAACAUGCAGUUAGAUAUUUUAUGAGGUGUACGUUCCGUCGCUUGUGGCCUAAUUCUAUAGUACAAAUUAGAUUCUACGUUUGAACAACUCAUUUAGUUAAUGAACAAUUAAGUGCAAGAAACUUUCAAACCGGUUCAUUUCAACUUGCCGAAAUUAUAUUACAAUUAAGUCAUUUUAUACAUAAUUCUAAUAAUUACUACAAACAUUAGUUUACAUUAUAACGAAUGACAUUCUUCCGUUUUUAAUAUUGUGAGGUAAAAGAAAGAAAAAUGUAAUAAACCAUUUUGGUGUUUCCUCACGAGUAUAUAUUCGGCAGAUUUAUUUUAUUACAUGCUAUUACGCAUAUUAUUGCGAAGAUUAAAAUUGCUCUUCUGAAUCGCCCCUUUAGAUAAGCUGCUUUAAUAAAGCCAUUGAACGAAAGGGAGAGAGCAGAGGCAACGAAUACAGAAUGAAAUCGAAAUGUACAUAAAAGAAAGAGAGAAAGACAUAUGUUUUGUUGAUCAGUCCGCUGUGAUUAAUUAUGAGAAAAUGGUACAUGUGCUCGUUGGAGAAGAUUGCGUUACCAUGGAUAUACGUGAAUAUAGCGUCAUGAUUAAAAAUGUUCAUGUAAGCGUGUUGUAAGACUGAUUGUGUUGUUCGUGAAAAUCAGAAUGAAAAUCAAUUCUCGACCCGCGUUCACUUGCGUUAGAAUCGUGGCAAUCACGAUCGCGAGAGCGUAAAACAGAUUUUUCGAGAAAGGGAUAGCACCACGCGCGAUAUCGAUACUCCUUUCUCAUAGAGUUACACUUUUAAGAAUCACGAAGUAACGCCGAAAUAUAACAAGACGCUUGUGCAACGCGAAUAAUGCAAGCAUUUUCUGGAAUGGAUCGAAAAUGUAAAUCGAUCUUCGAGAUCCCGAGUAUUGAUCUUAUGUACAUCCGAUUAAAUCACAAUCAAGUCUCGAUUAAUCACCAAUUUAUAAGUACGCGAACGGAACACCUAUCGACUAUCGUCUAUAGCUAUAGAUAUUAUUAUAUAUGUAAACAAACGUGUCUUUUAAUUAAUGCCGUAAUAAUUUAAGUCAUCGAAAGAAACAAAAGCGAGAAACGAUAUUAUAUAUAUACAUAUAUAUAUAUAUAUAUAUAUACACGUACAUAUACACAUAUACACACAAAAAUACACGAAUAAGCUACACUGAAAGAAUGCAUACACACCUGAUGGACAACAGCUCACACAAACACGGACUCGUCGCGCUAAUAAUUGUAUGAAAAGAAAAAAAUAUAUUAUAUAUAAAUAUUUAUGAUAUAUGAAAAUGUGGAGGGAAUCGGAGAGAAUAAGAGAUAAUUGUGAAUGCGUGACGGACGAGGAAUCGUUUAAUCUUGAGAUCGGACAUACAGAGACAAUGCCAUGUAGAAGGGAUAGUGCUCGAAUUCCGUAAAUGAUUUGUACAGCUAGCGGCAAGAGCGAAUAUCUCGUGCAAAGCGGACAAAGACGCGAUCUAUAUACUGUAUUUUACGAUAUUACACGGUUAUAUAUGCAUGUACCUAUACACGGAUAACACAAAAUAGACGUCUAAUGAGGUAUGAAUGGCCGUCGAGAGACAAGGCGAUCGUCGAGAAACGCGAUCGCCCGUAUAUAAUUCGAUGAUAAAAUAGGUGGUGUGUAUAGAUAAAAGUAGACUCUAGUCAACAUAAUAUUUGUAAGACGACACAUACACACAUCUCGUUCGUUUUACACACCGUUAGUUCGCAUCUAAUUCUCUUGGCCUGUUUGUUUCAUUUUUUUCUUUUCACUACGAUAUGGUAUCGACAAGAUACAGAAAGAGAAAGAAAAAAAGACGGUCAACGCGUGAUUGCACUUUCCAUCGUUUGUCCACCGAAUGAUUAUAAUAAAAUAGCUGUGCUAUGAGAGAUAUAUGGAAAAUGAAGGAAAGGAGCACUUUUUUUUAUUAAAUUGUCACUUUGAAACGUCUAUACGGGAAUUGUUUCGUCGAUAUAUUGUAGAUAAUUUCUAACAUUAUUGAAUAGAACGAACAAAAGCGAUCAAACUUCACAGCAUCCGUCGCAGGGAUUUUUUUUCUUACACGCAUGAUAUGAUAAAGACUUGCGAUCUGUGCGUAACUAUAGCAUUCGCAUGGACCAUACGUGGAAGAAAGGAAAACGGUCCGAAAGUUUUAUAUUAUUAUUAUAUUUAUAUAUAUAUACACACACGCAUAUAUAUGUAUGUAUGUAUAUAUGUAUUUUAUUAAGUGACAAAAUCGGAAACAAAUCGAGCGCGGUCAAUAUUCAGAGUCUGUUAUAUGAGAUAAAAGGAUCUGGAGGAUAUGUAGAAAUGGAUGUAUCAAAAGAGAAUGUAUAUGUCGAAUGCCUACUCGAAAUUUCUCAAUAGACAACCGUGAAAAAUCACACUCACGAGUAUUCGUUCAAUUGUUUCGCGUAUAUGCAUAAGUUGCCGCAGUGUGUCUACGACUUUAUAAUUAUUUGUAAUUGCGAAUCGUCGCAGCACGUAUACAGGAAACUCCUGUUCGAACAUACGGCACUACGGCCUACACUAACUGUAAAAAAAAAGAGAGAAGAAGCUCUUUAUACAUAUAUUCGCACACAAUGUACUAACAAUUCACGAGCGAUCCGCCGGUUUUCGUCGAAACCGACCAGCGUACGAAAGCUGUAGCGGUUCGAAAAAAAAUUAGGAAGUUAGCGAGAGAGUCUCGAGGGACAAGGGGUAUCAUGAAUCCGCGCCAUGCCCAAUUAAUAUCCGACGAAUACGAGAAAAACGAAGCCGAUAUAUAAAACGACAGUCGAGACUGCCAAACGUAUCUACAAUUCUUCUUUUCUCUUUUUCCUUAACUCUUUCGCUACGCGGAAAAGAAUUUCAAUGGCGUAUAUUUUAUAUGUUGAUAAUAUUUCCAAUGUAUUUUAGAAACGUCUAUAGUCAAAGUAUUUUACAAAAGUCUAUAGAAAGAGAGAUUUUCUGAGAGAAAUUCGAUAAUUAGAGAUAAUUCAAAUUUCCUAUUUACAUAUUGGAAAUGUGUAGAAGGUAUCAAGUCAAAUAUAACAAUCGAAAAAAAAAAAAUAAGUCAUUUAUAGUUAUUAAACCAAUAUGUAUUUCUGUCUUUAUAUAAAAAAAAAAAAAAAACUAUAUUAUUUCUUCCUGAAAAUGCGCAAGAA